CACAAACGCAUUGUGUACAACACUCUUACAAAUAAGCCAACAUUCCAAUCCAAAUCCCUUUCAUCUUCAUUUUCCAACGGAUUUCACACAAACUGAAAUCCAAUUUCACAUUCAUUCAAGCUAUGAAACGCCAUUUCUCGAGUUUCCAAAACCUUCACGAUCUCAAUUUCGAAGCAACCGAGCUGCGAUUAGGAUUACCACGAAGAAGUAGUCCAGACCAAGAACAAGAUACACAAUCUGAAAUAUCAGCAAAGCAGAGCAAGAGCGCAUCCAGAUCCGGAAGAAGCGAUUCUUCCAUUUCGACUUCCACUACUAAUCCUUCUUCAGAUGCCGAUCAUUGCCAUGAACUCACCAAGGCGCAAGUGGUAGGAUGGCCACCGGUGAGAUCUUACAGGAAGAAUGUGAUAAUUGAAACAGAGAAGAAGAAGAAGGAGUUUGUGAAUAUGGAGUUAGGAAAAAUCAGUGGAAUGUAUGUGAAAGUGAGCUUGGAUGGAGCUCCUUACCUAAGGAAGGUUGAUCUCAAGCUUUAUCAGAGCUAUCAACAGCUUUUGGAUGCCUUGGAAGACAUGUUCAACUUCAAACUUGGGAGAUAUUCAGAGAGAGAAGGAUAUCAUGGGUGUGAUUAUGUUCCAACUUAUGAAGAUAAAGAUGGUGAUUGGAUGAUGGUUGGAGAUGUUCCAUGGGAUAUGUUUAUUUCUUGCUGCAAGAGAAUCAGAAUGAUGAAAGGAUCAGAUGCCAGAGGGAUGGGUUGUUUAUAAUUUUGUUUUUUUAACAAAAAAAAAGAAAAAAAAUUGGGGUAUUUGUUCCAGUUCAAAUUUAUUGGAAAAAUACCUAGUUUCAUUUUAGACUAACUUAUCUUUAUACAACCCAUCCAAUUAUCCAACCAUAGCUUGCCACGUUAUGAGCACUUUUUUUUAACUGUGUGAUUGAAGCAGACUAAAUAAAGACGUGUGUAAUACUAAGUAUUGGUCAAUUUAUUACUCAUUAUUUAAAGAUGUUGUAUUUUGGAUUCACAUGUUUAAAGGUAGAUGGAGAUACAACCUACUCAAAAUCCAAUUGUACAAAAAUGAUGGGAUAUUCAUAGAUAAUUAUAUAUAUGUAUAUCAUUAAUUUUUUUUUUUA